AUGUCUUCUUGGUCACAUCUUGUACGCUUUGUCGCGGUCGAGGACAGCCACAUCCACCUCAGCCAGUUAGUCGACACAGACCGCGAUAUGGGAAAAGACACCGUCAAUGGCGUCGACAUCCUCGUCUACCUGAUCGAGGGAAGUAUCUUCGAUGGAUGUGUCACGGAUAAGAUCAUCCUCUCCCCGGUUGAUCCCACGCAAUGCAACUACAUCCGCUGCCUAGGCCUCAACUACACCGACCAUGCUAAUGAGGCAAAACUAUCCCUCCCCAAAGUCCCAAUCUCGUUCACCAAGCCGCGCUCUGCACUGGCCGGUCCUUACCCGGCUACCAUUAAUAUUCCGAAAUGUGCGCAGGAUGACACGAGUGACUAUGAACCCGAAUUAUGUGUCGUCAUUGGCCCCGUCCUUGUCUCACCAUCCGUGAUCACUGAUCCGCAGACCCUUCGGAUCCGAGGUAUCCAUAAUGGAAGCGUUGUCCAGGAUGGCCACACCAAGGAUAUGAUCUUUUCUACCAAGAAGCAGAUUUCAUAUCUAUCGCAGGGAACUACCUUGCAAGCGGGUACGAUUCUCCUAACUGGGACGCCGGCGGGAAUCGGUUAUUUUAGGAAUCCAAGGGUUGUCUUGAGAGAUGGGGAUGAGUUUUUGGUUGAGAUUGAGGGGAUUGGGAGCUUGGUCAAUAAGGUUAGAUAUGAGUGA